AGUGUUUUGUCGUCACCACCGCGACUGGGGGAGCAGCAGCGGCAGCCAGCGUUAUUUUGCGGCGACGACUCGUGCUUACGCGAACUUCAUCUCGAGUUGUAUUUUGAUUUUUCAGCACCGCCGCUCUUAUGCUGCAGUGAGCAGACUUCAAGCAUGAGCAAGAACCCGGGCAAAAACAAACUGAACCUCAAGCUCCCUCCGGGAUCCAUCGAACCCUUGGAUCAUGCGGGGUGCGACACGAACAACGACAAGUCGACACUGGACACGAGCAUGGAGGCACUCCAGAAGACGCUGGAGGGCCUCGAGCUGGACGAGCAGCAGCGUAAGCGCCUGGAGGCCUUCCUCUCGCAGAAGCAGAAGGUCGGGGAGCUGAGCAGCGACGACUUCGAGAACCUGGGCGAGCUGGGCGCGGGCAACGGGGGCGUAGUCACCAAAGUGCUGCACCGCCCCAGCGGGCUCGUCAUGGCCAGGAAGCUGAUCCACCUGGAAGUCAAACCUGCCAUUCGCAACCAGAUCAUACGGGAGCUGAAGGUCCUGCACGAGUGCAACUCUCCUCACAUCGUGGGCUUCUAUGGGGCCUUCUACAGCGACGGAGAGAUCAACGUCUGCAUGGAGUACAUGGAUGGUGGUUCCCUAGACCUCGUUCUGAAGAAGGCCGAUCGCAUUCCCGAAAAUAUUUUGGGCAAAGUCACAAUAGCGGUAUUGAAAGGCCUGAAUUAUCUGAGAGAGAAGCACCAAAUAAUGCAUCGGGACGUGAAGCCCUCGAACAUGUUGGUGAACUCGAGGGGUGAGAUCAAGAUUUGUGACUUUGGGGUGAGCGGACAGCUGAUCGACUCCAUGGCCAACUCCUUUGUGGGCACGCGGUCCUACAUGUCCCCGGAACGGCUCCAGGGCACCCACUACACGGUCCAGUCGGACAUUUGGAGCCUGGGGCUGUCGCUGGUUGAAAUGGCGCUGGGCCGGUACCCGAUCCCGCCCCCCAACGACAAGGAGCUCACCGCCAUGUUUGGCCGAAAGUACAACCCCGAAGGUAACUCCGGUAUGUCCUCUGGCGACAGUACGCGGGCCAUGUCCAUCUUCGAACUCCUCGACUACAUUGUCAACGAAGCGCCACCGUCAGUGCCCACCGGUGUCUUCUCACCGGAAUUCAAGGACUUGGUGGACCGAUGCCUCAAGAGAAAUCCAAAUGAGAGGGGGGACUUGAAGACGCUCAUGAACCACCCGUACGUGCGGAGGUGGGACCAGGAGAAAGUGGACUUUGCAGGCUGGGUCUGCACUACGAUGGGGCUGGACCCGUCGACCCCAACCAAACUCACACCCGAGGGACAGGCCUGACUUCCAGGGAUUAAUCUGCGCAGGGAGGAGGACGGAGGGUGACGGCAUCUCUACGGCAACGCACGCCGGCGAGCGUAGCUCUGGCCGGUCGCGACCCCUCUCCCGAACUCUCUCUUUCGCCGAACUCCGGAGAACGCCGGGGUCAACCCUAAACCACGUUUUCUUUCCCGGCCUCUGCAGUCUGCGUCGUUGCGGUUUCCGCAACCGCAGUCUGCGCCGCUGCGGUUCACGCAAAUGCAGUUUCCGUCGAGGCGGCCGCUGUGUGCUAUAGUUCCGUGUUGCGGUGGUUCGUUGAAUCGCACGUCGUCGGGUGGGCUACACGCCAUGUGACAUUUCAUUUCGUUCUAUUUCGUUGGGUGGUUGGAGGAGGUUAAAUUAUGUCGUGCCGGACGAGCAGUGGUCGUAGAGAGCGUUGUUUGAAUUCGUCGGCUGUAUCAGGGCUAGUGUUUGGAUCUUAUAAUCGGCGACACGUCAAGAACCCAGUGUAUGCUUCGCCUCCUACAAGCGCUCGUUGCCUUCUAUGGUGCUUUGGCUGCCCAUCCAGCAAAAUUUUAUCAAAGCUAGAAGGCUCACGUUCGAGGCGAUGCAUCUGCUGGUUUCUUAAAUCGUCGUCGAUUAUGGUGGGCAUCUGUCGCGUUGAAUUCGAGGUUUUUUCCGAGGCUUACUUCGCACGCGUCGGACGAAACGCGUACACUCUUAUGAUGUGACUCUACAGAUAGUGAUUUGUUCAAUACGUGUACGUCACACUGCGGUUACUGGAACGAAGGCACGCGUUGCUUUUGAGUGGCCGAGGCUCGUCUCAAACAAGUCACUCCCCCAUAGGUUGGUGGGGCUGUAUUCAAAACGCAGCAAUUUGGAAAGAAAAGAAAGGUUAUGGUAUGAACCAUAAUAUGCAUUAAUGGAUUUUUUUAAAGGAAUUUAUGAAAGCAUUCAGGAUAUGGGAGCCUCGAUGUUCUCGUCCCUUUGCUGCUUGAUUUUGAUUGGAGCGGAGUCUCGAUGGCAUACACAAACGAUGCCCGAGCGUGGAUUGCACUUUUUUUUUACCUAACAGCAGGAAAAACUUUCUUUUCUGUUACUUCUUCAAAUAAUAGUGUUUCCUUUUGUACUUCUGAAAACAAGCGAGUAUGAAGGAUGAUGACUGUACCGAAGUUGGGGAGCAUCGAACAAGUUGUGUCAUAAGUUAUUGUUUUACCUGCGAGAUGCAGCAAUGCUCGUGUAUGCUCGGCAGUGUACUGUGGUCUUGCUCCCACCGUAAAGACCCCCGAUGAAGCCCUGCUUAACCCUAAAGGCCUGUUCACACUUGCACCACAGCACUACCCCAGCACUAUUAGUCAGUACUGGAAAUAGUGCUAAUAAUGCUGGUGCAGCGCUGACUUUGCACUAUAGCAGUAAUGAUACAGUGCUUCAUCAGUACUAAAUUAAAUUCGAGUCAGCUCUGCAUCAGUGCUGUUCCUGGUAUUGAUUUAAUGCUGCGAUGUAUGUGUGAACCAGCCCUAACAAGGAGGGAGGGCGGUGCUACAAGUCUGAUCACAUUGCCUCAAACAAGUUUGUGCCAUGCAAACAUCGAUGCCCCAAGCGCAAAGCUCAUUCUUGUAGCUCCUUCAUCACUCGCACCUAUGAUAUGACAGAUCAUAGAUUUAUAUGGACUACAGCUCCGCUAUCUUCAUAUGCCUUUGUGAGUAUUAAAUGCAUUCUUGCAAUCGAUUUGGUCUCAGAAUUAUAUCGGAAAAGGAUGUACAGGUAUAGAAUGCCUACCCACUUUGAAAUCUGUCCUGUAUGCUUUUCAUUUCCGCAUCCUAUCCGGUAGUCUGGGAAAUAGGCCCGUGUUUCAGCGCACCUCGCUAAAGAAGUUGUCGACGCCAAGCGAGCCGUUGCGUUGCUUCGAGGCCGAUUGGGAACCUCGCUUGUAGUUUGUUUUGCAUAUGUCCAAAAGCCAGAGGGCUCUGUCGAAACACGGGUGAAGUGGGAAAGCACUGUGGUGCAAACUGCAAUUGCCAAGUGCUAACCGUUGUUCGGGAUUUGCAGGUCCCCAAUGCACGGACAUUGUUUAACGCUUUGCCCACCUGACGUUUGACGACAUUAUGCGUCAGAUUGCUAUGGUAAAGGAUACGAGUUACAACAUUCCCGGGACCUCCGACCUUGUUUCUUGUGUCCGCCAUAUGCUGGCACGGAAAUGUCACCGGCACCACAAACGUUACACAAGCUUGACGUGUUUCGGGUUGUCUUCUUCAGAGGCCUUCAACUCUUCGGUGUCUCCCUUUUUCCUUUUUUUUUAAGGGGAAUUUCAUGCGACGUGAGCGGUGUGGGAAAUGCAGCAGAUCAUUAUCUGUUGGAUUGCGCAGGCGAUAACACUAUUUUUUUUAAACAUUUGAGUUUCAAUAAAGUGCUCGGGGCAGUGAAGAA